AAUUAUAAUCCAUCAUGUGCGUUAUUCAAUAAAUUACAAUUUAAAGUGACUGUACUUAACCUUACCGUAAGGACGCAUGCACAAAGCCGCAUCAUUCACCAUCUACUACUAGCAAGCAGCUAACUAGGUUUUAAGACACAAGCGUGGUGUCUCUUCAUUCACUGAGAGCUUCCGUACAGGACUACGACAAAGGCUUACGGUUGCAAUGAGGGAUGGUCCAAUGCAAAUAAGCGCGAGAGAGCAGACAGACACCGGCUGCAGCCCAUCCUCCCCAGCCAGCAGCAUCACACAGAGCACUUGACUGGGACCAGAGCUCACAAAGACCUCAUGAUGAUCUCCUCCUGCUCUUAAAAACCAUCAUCAGUAUCCCCUGGAUGAGAUGACAAGCCAUUAGAUUUCAUAGGAUUUCAUAGCGACUGUGGUCGUUGGAUAUUUAAACGCGCAAAAAAGGCUACAACAUCCACGUGUGUUGCAAUGGAGUUGGAGCAUUUCGACGAACGGGACAAAGCACACAGAUACAGCCGGGCGGGUUCACGUGGAAACGGACUGCCCAGCCCCACGCACAGCGCCCACUGCAGUCUGUACCGAACCCGGACCCUGCAGGCUCUCAGCUCCGAGAAAAAAGCAAAGAAGGUCCGGUUCUACCGCAACGGGGACCGCUACUUCAAAGGCAUCGUGUACGCCAUCUCCAACGACAGAUUCAGGUCUUUCGAUGCUUUACUUGCAGACCUCACCCGCUCCCUGUCAGAUAAUGUUAAUCUGCCCCAAGGGGUCCGGACCAUUUACUCCAUUGAUGGGUCCAGGAUCGCCAGCAUGGAUCAGCUGGUGGAAGGUGAGAGCUAUGUGUGUGGAUCAAUUGAGCCUUACAAAAACCUGGAAUACACCAAAAACGUCAACCCAAAUUGGUCGGUCAGGACCACUGCAUCCGCACGUGGACCCACCUCUCUGGCCAGCGCAAAGGGUGGCUCUGUGGAAAACAAGGAUAAUAAGGAUUUCAUCCGGCCAAAACUGGUGACCAUAAUCCGUAGCGGGGUGAAGCCUCGGAAGGCCGUGCGCAUCCUUCUCAACAAGAAGACGGCUCAUACCUUUGAACAGGUUCUCACGGACAUCACAGAUGCUAUCAAACUGGACUCGGGCGCGGUCAAGAGGUUAUAUACAGUGGAUGGAAAAUUGGUCAUGUGCCUUCAGGACUUUUUUGGUGAAGAUGAUAUAUUUAUUGCCUGUGGGCCAGAGAAGUUUCGCUACCAGGAUGACUUCCUGCUGGAUGAUAGUGAGUGCAGGGUGGCGAAAUCGCAGUCAUACGGCCGCAUAUCUUCAAUGCAGGGUCGCUGCUCUCCUCGCGGUGGUGGACCAUCAAGAAGAAGCAAAUCUCCAGGAUCCAGCGGCUCAGAAUCUUCAGAGAAAAACGGUCCAAGCUGUGAACAUAUACAUAGACUUCAAUUGAUGAGAACUAACGGUACAGCGGGUAGUCAACUGUCAACUCCACGGUCAGGCAAAUCUCCCAGUCCAUCACCCACCAGUCCAGCCAGCCUGAGGAAGCGAAGGGGCUCUCAGCAUAGCGGCUCCUCCCUCUCUCUUGCCUCCACCAAGGUGUGCAGCUCUAUGGAUGAGGGUGAUGGUGCUGGCAGUGAAGCCGAGCUGAUGGAGGAUUGUCCUCAGGUUCCUUCUUCUAUAGCCGAGAGGUACAAAGUCGGGAGAAUGAUCGGAGAUGGGAACUUCGCUGUGGUCCGAGAGUGCGUAGAGAGAUCCACAGGACGAGAGUAUGCGCUGAAGAUCAUCAACAAGAGCAAAUGUAGGGGCAAGGAACACAUGAUUCAGAAUGAGGUGUCUAUUCUUCGGAAAGUAAAGCAUCCUAAUAUUGUUUUACUGAUUGAGGAAAUGGACACUUACAAUGAACUCUACCUGGUGAUGGAGCUGGUCAAGGGUGGUGACCUCUUCGAUGCCAUCACUUCCUCCAAUAAGUACACAGAACGGGAUGCCAGCGGGAUGCUGUAUAAUCUGUCCAGCGCUAUCAAAUAUCUGCACAGCCUUAACAUUGUUCACCGCGACAUUAAACCUGAGAAUCUCCUGGUCUUUGAACACCAAGAUGGCAGCAAGUCUCUGAAGUUGGGAGAUUUUGGCUUGGCAACGGUUGUAGAUGGACCCCUCUACACAAUAUGUGGCACACCAACCUAUGUAGCUCCGGAGAUCGUUGCAGAGACGGGGUAUGGGUUAAAGGUUGAUAUCUGGGCAGCUGGGGUCAUUACUUACAUUCUGCUAUGUGGGUUUCCUCCGUUUCGUGGGAGCACAGAGGAUCAGGAAGGUUUUUUCGAUCAGAUUUUAACCGGACAGCUGGAUUUCCCUCUUCCGUACUGGGAUAAUGUAUCUGACUCUGCAAAGGACCUUAUAACCUGCAUGCUACAGGUGGAGGUAGAUCAGAGAUACACAGCCAUGCAGGUGCUAGAUCAUCCCUGGGUCAAUGAUGAAAGAUUGUGUGAGAAUGAACACCAGUUGUCUGUGGCUGGCAAGAUUAAAAAACAUUUCCACACGGUGCCCAAACCCAACAGCAGCUCCGCUGGAGUCUCCGUCAUAGUAACCACCCCUCUUGAUAAGGAGAGGCAGGUUUUCAGACGAAGACGCCACCAGGAUGUGAAAGCCACCGGUCCGCGUGCCACCCAGAACAUCUCUGGCGCCGCGACCUUCUCCAGCCUCUCCCCGGCCGGAUUUACUUCAGAGUCCGAUGACAUUUCUCCCAACUCAGCCGAGACGGUCCGCUCUCCAAACUCACCGUUUUAACAGCACGCUGUUUCUGUUUUAUGAAUUGAAACAUUUGCAAAAAGGUAAAGGACACGUGAUGAAAGUUCAUUCAUGAGAGUCCAUUUGAGUGUUUUGUUUUGAACAGAAUUACUGAACAAAAUAAAACAGUUUGUUGUGAGGGGUUGCAUUUCUGUAUUUUUAAAAUUGCAUUUGUUACAUGAAGUGGUUAGCUGGGAAUGGAUGGGGUUUCAAAAUCUGUGAGGGUAGCACACACCCUUAAUAAUAGGUGUAACAUUUUGGUAAUCCAUGGCAUUUUUUUGUGGUUUGCCCAAAGAAGAAACUUACCCUGCUGAAUAAUACAAAUCGUAGUGGUUUUCCUUACAAAUACAAGUAUGAGUUAUAUGGCAACAAAUAACGUAAU